AUGAACACACUCAAGGAAAAAACACAAACUUUCGACAUCUUUCCCGACCUCCCCCUCGAAAUACGACUUAAAAUUUGGCGUUGCACUCCUCAUCUAUUCCCACGAAUUAUCGAAAUCAGACCCCGCCUAACUCCGACUAAAGCAUGGGAUCCCCUUACCACCAAACAUCAUAUCAGAGCGACAGAACCUCUCAUCCUCCUGCAAAUCAAUCGUGAAGCUCGGAAUGAGUUACUCCCAUUCUAUACUCGGCUUAGCUCGGACGUGGAACUCAAUCUUAUUUUCGAUGCUGAUUCAGCGUCGAUCGACCUGCAUGAGAAACCACCGUUGGUCAAUUUCGCGGUGGAUACUUUAUACUUCGACACAAUUUGGAGUACUGGCGAAGAAGUACAGUACUUCUCUUUUGUACAGCGAUUGUUCCAAGACUUUCAUAGAGACAAACAAUUAGUACGAAGAAUAGCCGUGUGGAUCACUUCAGAGCUGGUCACAACUCUUCGUGACUUUAUUCUGUGGGCCUAUUAUAAUCCUCAAGCGACCAAAUCUAUCUCUGCCUUCGGGAAGCCACCAGCUCUCUCGGAGUUCAAAGACUUGGAGGAACUGGUCCUAAUCAACAUGAUGAAUCACUUGAGGGCUGAAAUGAGAUUGACUGCGUUAGUAGAUGAUGAGAGCAAAAUUGACCAAAACAAGAUCGUACCGGAAUUGAGAAAGUUCGAAGGCAAGCUGAAUAGCAUUGUUACCGCAACAGAGCAGAAUCUUAUUAUUCUUAAAUCAACUGAAACACAAACGAUUCAACCCAUUUGA